UCAUGUGCAAUUAUAUAACGGCAGCACAUUGAGAGCCGCACUAUUUACAAGAAAAGCGCGCCUUGGGAGGUCCUCCGCCGUGCGGCUACCAUAUAAAAGCAAAGCAUCCGGAGAAAAUAUUUUCAGUUUCGUUUCGUUCAUUAGCUCUUGUAAACAGGGAACGGCGGUAGUAAGCAGCAGCAGUCACAACAAAUACGGAUUCCUACUUAUUAUAAUCCACAGGACGCGGUGGACAACGGAACGACCUUACGUCUAGAAGUUUCUUUAAAGAUAAAGUUGUUGAGUGAUAUUGGUGUUUUUUGUGGUUGGACCUUUUUGCGGUAUCAACGGAUGAGUUCAGAACUUUAGGACGGAAAAAAGAUUGCAGCCAGACAUCGAGUGCUCAUCCCGCAAUCCCGCAACUCACGGCGAUGAGUUCCACCACCACCACAGCUUUUUUUGCCCUAGUGGUUACGAUGCUUUGCUUGGCGCAUAUGAUAGAUUGCGGCGUUAUAGAUAGGGAGCCCCGGGCUUACAAGCAGUACGACAGCGAGCCGCCGGUAAAACGACCGUUCUGCAAUGCGUUCACUGGAUGCGGUAAGAAACGGUCGGUGGUGUCCGUCACCCCGUUGGCUCUGAUUCACCGGCAUCAGACCACAUCGGAGCAGAACCGAGCAAAGGUAACGGAAGGAUUUGACCCGAACGAGGACUCGCUGGCUAAUUUGAUCGACCUGAACACCGAACCCGCCGUUGAAGAUCUGAUGAGACAAAUUAUGUCGGAAGCCAAACUCUGGGAAGCCAUUCAGGAAGCUAAUCGGGAAAUCUUCCUCCAGAAGCAGAACCACAAGGCAGGAAACGCAAACUUUCCACUGUCAUUCAGCACGCAAUAACCAUUCGAUGAUAUGCGAUGAAUUCUCUAGUUAAGGCUUCAUUUUAAGAAACAGUUUUUUGAUAAGACUUUGCACUCGACGCUCAAUGAUUGAAUUUGUUUAAAAAUUUCGAUUUCAUAGGGAAACGGUUGCUGUCCGACAUUCACUCUUGCUCCAGCGUAUUUCUUCAAUCAACAUCAGACCUCGAGUUUGACUAUUAUUGUGCUCCGAAGAAUGAGAUUACCACACCGAUACUAUUAGGCUAAGUACUGCAGUGUAUGUACAGAGUAGAUACGUACAUACACGCACGUGUUUUUGGGAAAUGUAAUUGACUACGUUUGUUGCAAUAAAUUUGA